UGGACGGUCCAGCAGUUUCCGGGUUAUUCCGCUCGUUAAUUGAUAACGGCAUGACAUUUAUAGCUGUAAGCUGUAGUCUGUCGUCAACAACACACAAACAUCAGCCGUGAGGAACACCAGACUGUCACACACACACUCAUAUACUUGAAACAAAGGCCAUUGACGGGUCUAUCGUAACAGAGAGCCUUCAGCAGACAAACGAAAAAUGUUAUCAAUUCUUCUAUUGACAAUCUUUGCUGUGCUGGUACAUGGAGAGAAGUUAUCGUCAGUACACAGAAACCAAACACUGAUAGUGUCGUCUGCUCCGGAUCAAAACGUGUCUGUAGCAUCAGAGCAAACGACAAGCGUUGUCACCUCUCUGAGUGACAGAUCUGCCACAGAUACAACACCUGACCUUGUCCACACUACUGCCGCAGUAACAUCUACAACAUCAGGCGGUACCACCACCGCGGCAGUGACAACGUCGUUGUUACAAAAUGUGGCGAAAACAGACGUAAAUGAAACAUUCAGUCAUAAUAUUAUCUCUACAAACCGAUCAAGCGUGACAACCAAAGAAGGCGAACAAGACGAUAAUGGACAAACAGACUCACACAGUGGCAUCAGCACCAGUGAAUCUAGCACUGGUCCUGUUACCGAGUCCUGUAUAGGUGAAGGGUGUGCAUAUAGACUCAUAAAGCGUAUCCCUCUACCCCAAACUGUAGGGGGAAGCACUGUUUCCAGUCUCCUUACAAUACCGACUUCUCCUGCACUGGAGACACGCCAAAGCGUAGUACCAUCUACAGCAAAACCAACAAGUGUUAUAAGAACGACUACUACUGAUCCAUCGGUAAACCUUGACCAUCAAGUGCCUGUUUCAUCUUCAAGCAUUGGAAGCAAUGUUGGGGGUUAUGAAACGACUACUUCGAUGUCAUCUAACGUCGAACACGUUGGUCAGGUUUCGGGGGAUGUUGGCAUGGUAAACCAUGACCAUCAAGAACCUAUUUCAUCUUCAAGCAUUGGAAGCAAUGUCGGAGGUAAUGAAGCGACAACAUUAAUGUCUUUCAACGACAAAACAGAUGAUUUAAAACUUGGACACAGUGCCUCAUCCAAAGAUGCUAAUCUGAAACACGAAGCUGUUUCUGACAGAAAUGAAAUGUCGAAGACAUUAUUUGAACAUCCACAAUCUGGUUUUUCUCAUCUGUCUCUGACUGACGUGUCCAUCCUCGGUGUCUUCGUAGGCUUUGCCGUAGCUGUGCUGGUCGUGGUUAUUGUCGUCGUUCUCAAGCGACAGGGAGAGCGUGGGGAGAAGAAAAUGACCAGUUUGAACAAGGAAACAAGGAGAAUUGACAUGCGAGCAUUGAGGCGAAACACAAUAAACGACGUGAAGGCUUCCCUGGUAGGAAUACCGUCCAAUGGUGAUAUUUGGUUGGAGAUGAACAGCGAUUCAUCCAUUGUUGUGUAACGGACUACUUGCUGAAGAUGAACAGAGACUCAUCCGUUGUUGUGUAACGCACAAAUGGUUGGAGAUGAACAGAGACUCAUCCAUUGUUGUACUACAGACACUUGGGAGAUGUGCUGAGACCAAUCCACUUCAGAGUGAAAGACAUUGUCUUAUUUACUUACAACCUUGGAUGGUGUGUAGCUUCUGUCAUUUUGCGGUAUGGUGCUUGGAUAAUCUUGUAUGAUAUUAUUUUAUCGAUGUUGAUAAGUUCUUUGUCUUGAGUACAUGGAACACCGACCUUCCACAAACGCGAACAGUUUCAUCAAAUUCAUGUACCUUCCGGUUUGCGAUAUGCUUUAAGGAAAAUAGUUUCGUCACUUUAGCAAAUAUAAGACGUUUCAAGCAGUCUUCAUACAGAUACAAAAAGGCAAAAGGUAAACGUAAAAUAACAGCUCAUCGUAUAACAACAAGAUUCAUUUUGGAUCUAUGUUCUCAAAAAAAAGGUUGUGAAACAAAUUCCAUCCAACCAACGUAAGUUGAUGUCUCAUCCAAACUAUUCAUAUCUUUAUUGUUUGUAUAUUUUGACUAUUAUAUUUUGGAUAUGAUUUUUUCAUUCCAGUUUACACAAGUAUUACUGAAUUACUUUGUACUUUUAUAAUGAUAUUUGUAAUAAAACCAUAAACUUUGA